AGUUGGCAUCCUUCCUGGCUUCUAUAAGUUCACCAUUCACCAUCAUAACACCAGUGCACCUUCAACUUCAAAUGGCGGAAUUCGGAAGCGAAACGCGGGAGUCUCACGACUGCGUAGUCAAAUUGAGGCGGAAUCCGGUGAGGCGCAAGGAGAAGGUAGUGAUAGGCUGCGGAGCUGGUUUCUCCGGCGACCGGCCCGCUGCAGCGCUGAAAUUGCUUCAGAGAGUGGAUGAAUUGGACUAUCUGGUACUCGAAUGCUUGGCGGAACGCACGCUUGCCGACCGGUGCAGAGAUGUAAAGUCCGGUGGCCCGGGAUACGAUCCUCGCAUUUCGGAGUGGAUGCAGAUGCUUUUACCUCUGGCUGUGGAGAGAGGUGUUCGCAUUAUUACCAAUAUGGGUGCUAAGUCUCCAUAUGGUGCUCAAGAAGAGGUUUUACGAGUUGCAAGUGAGCUGGGGAUUAGCGUGAAAGUUGGCAUCGCUUAUCAAUCAUCUGUUUCAGAAAUAGGAGUGGACAAUCAUUUGAAGCUUGUUGAUGAUGAUGUCAGUGUUUAUAUGGGAGCAGCCCCAAUUGUGGAAUGUUUAGAGAGGUGCACACCAGAUGUUUUAAUUACUUCACGGGUUGCUGAUGCUUCUUUAUUCUUAGGUCCAAUGAUAUUUGAAUUAGGAUGGAACUGGGAUGAAUUUGGGCUUCUUGCACAAGGUACUCUGGCAGGUCACCUUCUGGAAUGUGGUUGUCAACUAACGGGGGGGUAUUACAUGCAUCCAGGUGAUAAACAUCGGGACAUGUCUUUUCAAGACCUCCUUCAAAUAUCUCUUCCAUUUGCAGAAAUUACUUCUGAUGGUACAGUAAGCGUAGCAAAGGCAGAAGGCACUAAAGGUGUUCUCAACUGGAGCACUUGUGCCCAACAACUUCUGUACGAAAUUGGCGAUCCUAGUUCAUACAUAACCCCGGAUGUGAUAGUAGAUCUUCAAGAUGUUACAUUUCAAUCAUUGUCAGACAGCAAGGUUCUCUGCUCUGGAGCCAAGCCUUCUACUGGAUAUCAACCUGAAAAAUUAUUGAUGCUAAGAUCAAAGGACAUUGGAUGGAAAGGCUGGGGAGAAAUAUCUUAUGGUGGUUAUGGAUGCGUGCAACGAGCUAAAGCUGCUGAGUUUCUGGUAAGGGCAUGGAUGGAAGAAUUAUAUCCUGGUACUAGCAUCAAUAUCGUUUCCUACAUUAUUGGUCAGGAUAGCCUUAAAGCAACCUACACCGGAGAUAUAUUGUCAAAGCCUAGUGAAGAUAUUAGAUUACGAAUGGAUGGCUUGUUUGAGAAAGAGGAGCAUGCACUCCAGUUCACAAAGGAAUUCAUAGCUUUAUACACCAAUGGCCCUGCUGGAGGUGGUGGCAUCAGUACUGGAAGCAAGAAAGAGAAUUUACUGGAAAAAGAAUUGGUGGGGCGUGAAAACGUUCAUUGGCAAAUUUCUGUAGCCCAAAGCAACCUAGCUAUCUCAACUGAUCACAAUCCUAGGCGUGCCGUUGCAGAGAAGAAACUGGCGGUGCAUGAAAGUAUACAAGAUUCGAGCAAAGAUUCAACAAUAACAAGUAGCCAGGUCUGUGCUACUCCAGCUGGCCAAAAGAUCCCCCUCUACACCAUAGCUCACAGCAGAGUCGGGGACAAAGGCAACGACCUCAACUUCUCCCUGAUCCCACAUUAUCCCCCGGAUAUCGAGAGGCUUAAGAUGAUUGUGACUCCAGAGUGGGUGAAGGAAGUUGUGUCACCCCUCUUAAAUCCAUCAUCCUUCCCUGGUCCAGAUGACAUAGAAAGAAGAGACAAGUGGGUCGAACAGCAUGUUAAGGUCGAGAUCUACGAGGCCAGAGGGAUUCACUCGUUGAACAUUGUUGUCCGCAACAUCCUGGAUGGAGGAGUGAACUGUUCGAGAAGGAUAGACAGGCAUGGAAAGACGAUAUCCGACGUCGUGUUAUGCCAGCAAGUUGUUCUGCCACCAUGAUGUUGAUAUAUAUACAUAUAUGCAGGCGGGUGUGGCAAUGAUGAGAAGAGGCAUCUACAUCUUUUUAAGACUACAAUUAAGUACUUAUCUUUAAAUAAAUUUUGCUCUCGUUCCAUCAAAUUAUGGAAUCUGUGGCCUGUGGGAUGGCAUAUUUGCAUUAUACCUUUUCUCCAAAGAUAUAAAUGUAUCCUAGAGCUAAAUCUCUAUAGAUGCACAAUAAUAUUAUUUCUCUUA